AUGGCUCAGCCUCCAAGCAAGCGUCGUCGCGUUGAUGCAGCCGCCACACUAUCCAAGCCGUUCAAGUCGCCAAUGCGCAGGCCCGUCCCGGCAACCACAGCCGCAUCACCAGCUACACCCGUCACGACCAGGACCCUCAAUGACGCCCCAGCACUAGCUUCUACACCAGUCUCUAAUAUACCUACACACCUCCUCCCCGCCGAACAGAAAGCAAGCUCCCGCCCCCUCUCAACCCCAACCCGCUUCCGCUCCUCCGACCCCGACAUCCUCGCCCUCCAAAAGCAACAACGCGCCAUUCAAUCGCGCAUAGUCUCACUUCGCACAGACCUCGAUGCAGCAACCCAGGCCCUCCAGCUCGAAUCCUCAACCAAAGAUACCGAGCUCGAAGCUCUGAUCGUCAAAUGGCGCCAUAUUAGCCAGGACGCGGCGGACGAAGCGUUCGUGGGUGCUCAAGAGCGUGUUAAUAAGAUGGGAGGCAUGAAGGCUUGGAAGGAGCGUUCUAAACGCGAUGCUACGCGGUGGGAAGAGGAUGAGGAGAAACGUGAGAUUGAGCAUCUUGAUGAGGAAGAGGAGGAGUAUCGGGAUCUCGGGGGGUUGUCGGAGAUGUUGCAGAGUAGGAAGAUUGUCCAUGAGCAGGGGCGGGAGGAGAGUUCUGAUGAGGAGUUUUCUAUGGGAUAUAUGCUUAAGACUCUGCAUAUUGAUCCUAAGUUGAUCGGGUAUGAUGUGGUAGCUCAGAAAUGGAUCAAGGGUUGA